AUGUCCUUUGUUAUCCAGACGAUCGUACUUCUCUACGUGCUCUACAUUGUGAUCUCCGCGAUCCGCACCAUCUUCUUCCAUCCAUUGGGACGCCUACCUGGUCCCAAGCUCUGGAUUGCCUUUCCAUUCUUCCAACAUAUCGCGGCAGUUCGUGGACAACUAGAUCAUGAAUUGCGACGGUUCCAUCAACAGUACGGUGAGGUAGUCCGCUACGGGGAAGACGAGGUAUCAUUCACCCCCGCGUCCGCCUGGCAGGCUAUUUAUGGACCCGGGAUUGAGCUCCCUAAACCAAUAUACGCAGUGUACAGCAAGUCCGGAAUCCUAAACGCCAACCUGGAGGACCACGCCCGAAUUCGCAAGGCCAUGGCGCUGGCGUUCUCGGUGGGCUUGCAAAGGGAGAUUCCGCUGUUGCGGGCCAGGGACCUGUAUCCAUGGCUCGUGCGGGGCAUCAUGGCCAUUCUUUCAUCGAGUUUGACGGAAGCUCAGAAACGGCAGGAUGCUCACACGCGGGCCAUGGUGCAGCAAAGAAUGCCCCGUGAGACCCAUCGCAACGAUUUCAUGGAGUUCAUGCUGCGGCCACGAGGGGAGAAAGGGGAGCUUAGUGUGACCGAGCUUGAAGCCAACGCUAAUAUAAUCAUUGCUGGCGGGAGUGAGCCGACGGCAACAUUACUGACGGGGCUAACUUACUGGCUCCUGCGGACCCCGACGGCCCUGGUACGGGCGACGGAGGAAGUGCGAUCCCAGCUGCUGACGGAGGAGGAAAUCAGCUUUGUCAACUUGACGACACGACUUCCGUAUUUGCAAGCAUGCAUUACCGAGACCUUUCGCAUGUAUCCCCCGGUGCCUACAGGACGGCAGCGGGUAACGCUGGCGACAACCAAGAUCGCAGGACAUCAGAUCCCUCCACGGACCAAAGUAGCGGUUUAUCAACUAGCAGCAUACCAAUCGGAACAGAACUUCCAUGACGCGGGUGAGUUUCACCCAGAGCGAUGGCUACCGGAGGCAAAAGAUCCCUCAUCCUCCUUCUACCACGACCAGCGGGAGGUGUUGCGGCUAUUUUCUGUUGGGACGCGCGACUGCAUCGGCCGGCAACUGGCGUAUCGGGAAAUUUGGGGCAUUAUGGCACGGGUGCUGUGGCAUUUCGAUUUGGAACUGGUACCGGGGCAGAUAGAAUGGAAUAUGCAACGGUCGUUUACCAUUUGGGAGAAGGGAGCACUAGAAGUGUUCCUGCGUGAAAGACAUCCAGCUAGUGUCGAUGUACCAGAUAGCACAAGGGUCUCCUGAGAGGGAUUUAUUACUCGGGUAAGCAUUCAAGCUUUGCGAAGCUCAUUGCGAGUUCUAGUUUCCAGAGAACAGGGCA